UGAAAGCAAGAUGAUGCGCCUCUUCGUGCUGUUGUUCGGCCUGGGCCUGGCCGUGGCCUACAAGAACCCGCACUAUGCCGCGGGACGCACCACCAUGGUGCAUCUCUUCGAGUGGAAGUGGGACGACAUCGCGGCCGAGUGCGAGAGGUUCCUCGGGCCUAGGGGCUUCGGUGGUGUUCAGAUUUCCCCUCCCAAUGAGAACCUUGUGAUCUGGUCUCAUAACCGGCCGUGGUGGGAGCGCUACCAACCCAUGUCUUACCGUCUCAUCACUCGCUCCGGCAACGAACAGCAGUUCGAGAGCAUGGUCCGCCGAUGCAACAAUGUUGGUGUCAGGAUUUACGUCGACGCCAUCAUCAACCACAUGUCGGGUUCUUGGAACGACAACGUUGGCACUGGUGGAAGCACGGCGAACUUCGGCCAAUGGCACUACCCUGCGGUUCCUUAUGGCGGCAAUGAUUUCAACUGGCCCCACUGUGUCAUCUCAGGAAAUGAUUACGGCUGCUGUGCGGAGAGAGUUCGCAAUUGUGAGCUCUCAGGGCUGAAAGAUUUGAAUCAGGGCACCGAGUACGUGCGACAGAUGAUUGUCGGAUAUAUGAACAGGCUUAUCAAUAUGGGCGUUGCUGGAUUCAGAAUCGACGCAGCAAAACACAUGUGGCCUGGCGAUCUCCGCAUCAUCUACGACAGGCUAAACAAUCUCAACACCGCUCACGGCUUCCCAUCCGGCGCUCGCCCUUACAUCUACCAAGAAGUCAUCGAUUUAGGAGGAGAGGCCAUCUCGAGAGACGAAUACACAGCUUUAGCUGCCGUCACAGAGUUCAGAUUCGGAAUGGAGCUGAGUCGCGCUUUCUCUGGCGGUAACCAACUUAGAUGGCUGGUUAACUGGGGACCACAGUGGUCUCUAUUAGCUGAUGAAGAUGCUUUAACCUUCAUUGAUAACCACGAUAACCAGAGAGGGCAUGGCGCUGGCGGUAGUAUCCUGACUUACAAGACCUCUAAACAGUACAAAGCCGCGAUUGCAUUCAUGUUGGCGCAUCCUUAUGGCGAGCCGCAGCUGAUGAGCAGUUUUGAUUUCACUAAUACUGAGGCUGGACCACCUAUGGAUAACUCUGGCAAUAUUAUUUCUCCAUCUAUCAAUUCCGAUGGCACUUGUGGAAAUGGUUGGAUCUGCGAGCACCGUUGGCGCCAAAUCUUCGCGAUGGUUGACUUCAGGAAUGUUGCUGAAAACACAGGCCUUAAUGAUUGGUGGGACAACGGUAGCAACCAGAUCGCCUUCUGCCGCGGAGGACAAGGUUUCAUCGCAUUCAACAAUGAUAAUUGGGAUUUCAACCAGAGUCUACAGACUUGCCUACCAGCAGGCACGUACUGCGACGUGAUCAGCGGCUCCAAGAGUGGCAACAGCUGCACGGGCAAAUCCGUGACGGUUGGCAACGAUGGGCGCGCUAACAUCUACAUCGCGACGCACGAGCUGGACAGCAUGCUGGCUAUACACAGAGGAAUUCAUGUUAGUAUAAAACAGCGUAGCGUCGAGGCUGUAGAGAAUAUAGCAAGACGAUGA